GCGAGGCGGCCUGGGGGGAGCCACGGCGGGUCGGGGCGGCGGCGGAGGCGCUUCCGGGCGGAGGGAGCGCUUAUAAGGGCGGCUGUGCGGCGGCCGCGCCUCUUCCGGCGCCCCCUCAGAGCCGCCAUGACGAAGAAGAGGAGGAACAACGGGCGGGCGAAGAAGGGCCGCGGGCAUGUGCAGCCCAUCCGCUGCACCAACUGCGCCCGCUGCGUCCCCAAGGACAAGGCCAUCAAGAAGUUCGUCAUCAGGAACAUCGUGGAGGCCGCGGCCGUCAGGGACAUCUCGGAGGCCAGUGUGUUCGACUCCUACGUGCUGCCCAAGCUGUACGUGAAGCUGCACUACUGCGUCAGCUGCGCCAUCCACAGCAAGGUUGUCCGGAACCGCUCCCGGGAGGCCCGAAAGGACCGGACACCCCCGCCCCGCUUCCGCCCCGCCGGUGCAGCCCCCCGACCGCCCCCCAAGCCCAUGUGAGGAGACUCUGCCUGAACGUGGCCCCCGGACCCCCAAACUCAGACUCAAUAAAGGGUCCUGCUCCGA